AUGUAAUAAGGAAAUAGAAUGAAUUUGGAAAAAGAUUGCAUUAUCUUAUUUGAUAGUUAAGAAGAAAUUCCUUUUUAAAGAGAAAUCUAUGAAACAACAACUAAUUAAUAUGUCACUUUUCCUCUAUCUGUUGACAAAGUUGACCUUGUAAGACUAAUUUCAAAAAAUCAAAAAUAUUUGCUUUAAAUAAAAAUAAACUAAAUGAAAAGAGUAAUUGAUAUAGCAAAAAAUAAUGAACAAAAUUUACAAUAAACUCUAAAAAUAAAUAACAUUUAAAAAAUUGAAGACUGCUUACCAGAUGUAGUGUUUGGUCCUAAAUCACUUUUACCAAAUAAAGGAGAAGCUGGCUUUUAAAGAUUGUGUAAUUAAGAUUAGAUAAAUUUAAAUACAGAAAUUCAAAAUCCAGGAUCAAAUGUCUCAGUAUUAAUAUAUAAAGGAGAAAAUUUUCAAGAUUUGCAAAAUUAAAUGGAAUAGUACAGAAAUGAUGAUAUUAAAAUUAACCCCAUUGUAUUAAUAAAUGGAAAAUCAGCUUUUAAGAAAUUAAUGAGAUCAAAUAUGAAUACAUUUCUUGAUCUAUAUGAAAGGAAAUACGUGCCAUUUCACAAAAAAUUUUCUACUUCUAAUCACCAUUGUUUCUACUUUUAGAUAUAAAAUACCACAGGAUAUUAUUUUUUUUUUGUUUUAGCUAGAGAGUUAGAUAAGUUGGAUUUGAUUAAAUGGAUUUAUUAAGGAAUUUUAAAAUUUAUUUAACCAAAAUUUGCUGUAAUAGCAUCUAGUAAUGAAAAUUUUGAAGAAAACAUUAAUAUUUUAUAACUUUUUUCUAUUUUGGAAAACUAAGGUGAUAAAUAUUUUGGUAUCACCUGUUUAAAAAAAUUUUAUUAUGAAGGAAAAUCUUAGUAUGAUUUUCAAGGGGAUUUUGCAGAAAUAGCUCUUAAAAUAGACUCAAUGUUUAAAAUUAAACAAUUUCACGAUCCACUCUCUUGUAUCUAUAAAUGGUCGAAGAUUUAAGAUGAAAUAGAAAAUUAUAUAAAUAAAUUAUAAACAGAAUAUUAUAAAAAUGCAUGGGCAUUAGGAUAUAAUUCAAUAUUGCCUAAAAUUAUGUAUCAAAAUAAUCAUUUAGAGUUAAAAAUAAUAACAAAAAGAAUUGUAGAAUAAAAAUUUGAGAAAAAUUAGUUUGAAAUUCUAUUCAAUUAAUUUUGUGAAUACAAAUAAAACAUUAACUAUCAAUUGAGAAAGUGCAAGUUUGGGUAAUUUAGAAAUGUAUUCCAAUGGUUUAUAUCAAAAGUUUAAGUUUUUUACAAUUAUUUUGGAAUUUCAAUCUGUAAAUUAAUAAAAUUAUCUUAGGUUUUUUUUUCUCUUUUUAAUGCCCUUAUUCAGUUAUCUAUAAUUUAUUAGAGGAAUCUGUUGGAUAUACUGCAAUUGCUGUUAUCUUACCCCUUUUUUAUGCAUUGAAUGUUUUGUUAUUUUUGUUGUUAGUCUAACUGUAUCAUUUUAAUGAUAAAAUUAUUGAAAAAGAUAAAAACUAAAAAGUUUUAAUAUAAGCCUAAAAGAAUGAAGAUGAAUAAAAAUUUGUUUUUUAGAUAUGUUAAUCUGAUAAAGUUGAUGUCUUAUUGUCUCAAGAAUAAACAGAUUAAGACUUAAUUAUUUGUGAAGUCUAAGAAGAUGAUUAUGUUAAAGAUUCCAGAUGCAAGAUAAAAAAAGAAUAAUUUUAACAACAAGAAUUUUUUUUGCUUUAUAGUUUUCCUUUAUUAAAAUACAUAAGUCACAUUAUUAUCUAUUUAAUUCAAACUUAAUGCUAUUUAGAUUUAGGAGUAGUAAUUUCAAUAUUAUCUAAUUUAAUAAUCAUACAUGGUUGGAUUAAAUUCAAUAAUUAAAAAGCAUCUUAAGAACUAAUUUUAUUAAUAAUGGCAAUAUUUGUGAUACUUUUCCAUUUGAUUAACAAAAAAAUUCGAAUUUAUAAGAUGGUUCGUUACUUUUCUAUGAUAACAUAUUUUUGGCAGUUUCUUUAACUACCCAAAAAGAUAACUUCUGCCACUUAGAGAAGUGAAUAGAAAAGGAAACUUGGAUCAUAAUUAUUUUUGAAUUUUAUACUAUUUUAUUCUUUUAUAGCUAUUGAGUCUUACUACAAUUAUUCCGGCUACAUUCUAUUAGGAGUUUUUGGGUAUUUGUCUAUUAUUUAUUUUAUUAUUGACUUUUAUUUAUUGAUACAAACUUUUUUUUAUAAUUAAUCCCUUCCAAAACUUCCAUAAUAAGGUAGAUAAUAUAUUUGGUAAGUGAUGGAGGAACCUGAGUAUAAACUUGAACUCUAAAAUAAUUAAGAUUCAAAUGAUGAUUUUGUAAAUAAUUUUAGAAAGUUAGUGGCAGAAACUAAUGAAGGAAAAUAAAAUUAAUAAUAAUUGUAAGUAACUUAAUAUAUAAACACCCAAACCUAAUAAAAUUUAAAAAACUCAGUAGUGUUUAAUAAAAAGAUUCAAAAUCUUAUAGAAAAUAAUAAUUUGAAUGAGUAAGAUAUAAAUAAAAUUACUAAUAUUAUUGAGGAAUAAAUAAAUUAAUAAAUUAAUAUUAAGAAAAAGGAAGAAGAAUUUCAAAAAAAUGAAUAGAAUAAAUAAAAAUAGAAAAUAUAAUCAUAAAUAUAAAGUGAAAUAAAAAUUACUAGUUCUUUUGUUAAGUAAGGGUCGUUUUUAUAAAGUAAAUAACAACUUAAUUCUAAUAUAAUCGAAAAUGAAUGA